CGUCCGCACCGCGUCACACGUAUCGCGCCGGCCGGUCGACCACGACCGUGCAACCACACAGUCCGUCAACGCGUAUGCCGCCGCCGUGUACUCCGCGAGUGUUAGCCGUCCGGUGUCCGACCACAAUAAUAAUAUCAUCAUCAUAAUAAUAAAUGAUAAUCAAUCGUGGUUUCCGUUACAUCGGUCGUCAGUGAUUUUUUUCAGUUUUCUCUAUCCGUCGGAUUUUUAUUUCGUUUUUCCUUCGCCGUUUCCAGCCGUCCCCCGAGACCGUUUCACAAACGCUCGGCCUUUGACCACAGUUCGGCGCGUGCGGGGAUACCCCGCUGGUAUGAAUAAUUAUUGACGACGACGGGAUAGCCGCGACGCAGGACACGACACGACUCUAGUCAACAGACAUGCGAAUGACGACGUACGGCUACGGCGACGGUCGACCAGCGGCGACAUGUUGAUGCACCAUGUCAAGGCAUGGACGCUCUAAACAAUACGGUCCGGAACCGCCGCCGGCGGCCGUCUACACCAAGCCGCCGCCGCCGGUGCACGGCAACAACACGUACAACGGCCGCGCGCAUCACCAUUACCAGCAGCAGUCACAACAGCAACAGCACCAGCAACUGCUGUUGCAACAGCAAUUUUACGGCACGCAGCAGCAACAGUCAAACGCUGUGGUCGGAUCUAGGCCCCCAUCGAGCAGUCAUCACCAUCACUCGUUGCCCAGAAAUGCCUGGAGCGCAGACAGACAUUCUCCGGCGGCCGGCGGAUCUUCGUCGAACAGCUCGAACGACCGGGCGUACGCGGCCACCCGCCGAGCAAAGCACCAUCGGGUGUACAACAGCCACCGGCAGACGUCUCGUGGCCACCACAAGAGUGGCGGCGGCGGUGGGGCCACCACGGACCCGGACGCCUUGUCGUCGGUGACCACGGCCGGCAUCAAGUACAACCCGCUGCAGCAACCGCCGCCGCAACAGUUGAACCACCAAUCGCUGCACCAACUGCACCACCAGCAGCAACUGCAGCACCACCACCGGCCGCAGAUGGCGCCUGCUUGGCCACCGACUGAACCGCCGCCGCCGUCGUCGGCCGUUCACCAUCACCAGCAGCAGCAGCAGCAGCCGGCCACCGCCGCGCAAUACUUGCCGCAGCCGCCACCGCCACAGUUACCUCCACAGAACACCGCGGCCGCGGUUUUGAGGCACCACCACCAGCCACCCGCGGCAGUGCCGCUGUUGCUGCCCUCGUGCGACGUGGCCGUCGACGCCUGCGGCGGCCACUGUCCGAGGUUCGAAAACUUUUGCCAUUUCUGUUUGCUGGUGUUUUAUUUCGCGGGCAUCACGGUGGGCUUCCUGUUGAUCAUGGCGGCCGUCGUGUCCACCCGGGACCCGCGGUUCCUCUACAUCGGCGGCCUGGUGCUGCCGGUCAGCGCGUUCCUGAUGGCCGUCCAGUGCCGGGUGCGGCAGGACGCCGACCGCCGGAAGCGGAACAGGCAGCUGAACGGCCGGCACCACCACCGGUCGAACGCGGGUGCCCUGAUGGUGAUCAACAACAACAGCGGCGGCAACCAACACAACGGCGGCGGUGGCGUCGUCGUCGGUCAACCGUCGGGCCCGGCCGCCGGCGCCGAGACCAUACCGCUGCAGAACAUCGCGAUGGCGCCCGCCGGCGGUGCCGAUAACGGCGGCACGCUUCGCCGGCAGUUCCAGGGCAACGUCUACCAGUACGUCGGCCAGAGGGACGGCGGCAGCGAGACCAACUACAACGCGGCCAACGGCCAUCACUACGAGACGACGUCCGAAAUACAGCAAAUCGAAGGAGUGCCGUGGUGGAGACGAGAAGACAACCGACCGUAUCACAACCGCGCCCCUCAUCCGUAACCAACCGACAUUGCACACACACACACACACGCCUCUGUUAUCAACUGGUCGUAAUUAUUAUUAUUAUUUUUGUUUUUCUAUAGCUCCCCAUUGAGUUUGUGCGUAUGUGUGUGUGUAGGUUAAAUAUUAUUAUAUUAUAUACGAUUUGUAACUACAUUAAUUAUUAUUAUUAUUAUUAUUAUUAUUU